CCGCCGCCCCGCCGUCGCCCGCUAGCCCACCCGGAGCCGCCCGCCCGGCGUCCCCGCGCUCCCGGAGGCGCCCUUUGGGGGCCACUUGGGGGCCAGUCCUCUCUGGGUAAACGGCAAGGAACAAAUUCGCGUGGAUGAAAGUAAAAAUAUCCUGGUGGGGGUGAAAGGGAGGUGGGGUUUGCCUGCGCGCGCGCUGGACUCGGGAGAGCAACUCCGGAGCGGCGCGCGGUGUCGCCUCCCGCAGGCCAUGGAUGGGCGGGAGGAGGACGCAGGGCGCCGCGGCCGCUCGCGCCCCUAGCCCGGCGCUCCCUCGCCCUCCCGGCCCGCUCCGGUCCUCCGGGCUCUUGGCGACUGUGUCUUCACCGCCCAGACGGCGCCGGGGAGCCGCCGGUCUGCGCUCCGGGCCUCCGGGAUGUGCGCGUCUACGAUGGGAACGCUGUGGCACCAUUGGUCCCCCGUGCUCGUCAGCCUGGCCGCCCUCUUCUCCAAAGUGGUGGCAAGCCGAGGCAUCCUGGAGAGCAUCCAGAGGUUCUCCUCGCUGCCCACCUACCUCCCAGUGACCUACCACAUCCACCACGCGGACGUGUCCUUCUUCCUGAAGGAAGCCAACCAGGACGUCAUGAGAAACUCCAGUCUGCAGUCGCGCGUGGAGUCCUUUCUGGUUUACAGAUCCAAGAGGUUCCCCGUCCUGAACGCCAGCUACGGGCCUUUCGCCAUCGAGCAGGUGGUGCCCCAGGACUUGAUGCUGCCCUCCAGCCCGUUUGGAUUCACCAGCACGUUUUCCCUGAACUGGAAGCUGAAAGCGCACAUCCUGCGGGACAAGGUCUCCCUGAGCCGGCCCCGCGUGCACGUGCUCUUCCACGUGGUGGGCAGGGACUGGGACGACGCCGGCCCCGCGCAGAGGCUGCCCUGCCUGCGGGUGUUCGCCUUCCGGGAGACCCGGGAGGUGAGGGGCACCUGCCGGCUGCAGGGGGCCCUGGGGCUGUGCGUGGCGCAGCUGGAGCUCCCGGCCGGCUGGUUCGGGCCCCCCACGGUGGUGGCCGGGAGGAAGAAGUCGCCCGAGCCCCCCGAGGGCAGCCCCGUGGAGCUCUACUACGCCCUGCAGCCCGGGGACGAGCGCGGAGACUGUGCCAGGAGAGCCGGAGGGAUGCGGACGGGCCGCGGCGACAUCGAUGAGUCGGGGCCUCCCUUGCAGAGGAUCGGCAGUGUUUUUCUUUACCAGACCCCGAGCCGGCCGCCCCUGAGAGAGCUGCGUUUGGACAACCACGUGGCCGUGCAGUACGUGCCAAAGACGGUCAGGCAGGGAGAUGUGCUGACGUUUCCCGUCUCCAUCUCCAAAAACUCCACCGAGGACCGCUUCACACUGAGGGUAAAGGUGAUGAAAGGCAUGAACAUCAUUGGGGUGAGAGCCAGCAGCCCUUCCGUGUGGGAGGUUAAGAAGAGCAUGGAUUACGCUGGGAAGUACACACCGGCUGUCAUCGUUUGUCAGAAGAAAUCAGCGGGCUCGGAAAACAGUGUGGAGGGCGCCUCCUAUGAAGUCAUGCAGAUCGACGUAGAAAUCCAAGAGGCCAGUGACCCGCCAACCACACAGCUUGUUACGUGGCAGGUUGAAUACCCAGGAGACAUCACAUCUGACUUGGGCGUCUCCAAGAUCUACGUGAGCCAGAAGGACCUGAUUGGCGUCAUCCCACUGGCCAUGGAGGCGGAGAUCCUGAACACAGCCGUCCUCACUGGGAAGACGGUGGCCGUGCCGGUGAAGGUGGUCUCCGUGGAGGAGGACGGCGCCGUGACCGAUCUCAAGUCUGUGGAGUGCCGCUCUUCCGAUGAAGACGUCAUUAAGGUUUCUGACAGGUGUGACUACGUUUUUGUCAACGGGAAGGAAAUGAAGGGCAAGGUGAACGUGGUGGUGAACUUCACGUACCAGCACCUGACCAGUCCUCUGGAGAUGAUGGUGUGGGUGCCCCGUCUGCCCCUGCAGAUCGAGGUCUCGGACACCGAGCUCAACCAGAUCAAGGGCUGGAGAGUCCCCAUUGUCUCCAGCAAGAGGCCAGCUCGGGACAGUGAGGAGGAGGAAGAAGAUGAGAAGAAAGGCCGGGGCUGCACUCUCCAGUACCAGCACGCCAUGGUGCGGGUCUUGACUCAGUUUGUGGCCGAAGUGGCUGAGCCCGGGGGGCAGCUGGCCCACCUGCUGGGCUCCGAUUGGCAGGUGGACAUCACGGAGCUGGUAAAUGACUUCAUGCAGGUGGAGGAGCCCCGGAUUGCCAAGCUGCAAGGGGGACAAGUCCUGAUUGGCCAGGAGCUCGGGAUGACCGCCAUUCAGAUCCUGUCGCCUCUGUCAGAUGCCAUCCUGGCCGAGAAGACCAUCACCGUGCUGGACGAGAAGGUGACGAUCACAGACCUCGGGGUCCAGCUGGUGGCAGGGCUGUCCCUCUCCCUGCAGCUCAGCCCUGGAAGCAACAGAGCCAUCUUCGCCACCGCGGUGGCUCAAGAACUUCUGCAAAGGCCCAGACAGGAAGCAGCCAUCAGUUGUUGGGUCCAAUUCAGUGACGGCUCCGUCACCCCCUUGGAUAUUUACGACGCGAAAGACUUCUCCCUGAUGGCCACGUCACUGGAUGAGAAGGUGGUCUCUAUCCACCAAGACCCCAAAUUCAAGUGGCCUAUAAUCACCGCUGAAGCCGAGGGACAGGGUGCCCUGGUGAAGGUCGAAAUGGUUAUUUGUGAGUCAUGCCAGAAAUCCAAACGGAAGAGCGUGUUGGCCGUGGGGACAGCCAACGUCAAAGUUAAAUUUGGCCCAAACGAUGCCAAUCCCAACACCAGCGACAGCAGACACACGGGGGCAGGAGGUCACCUGGAUAAUAAUGUCAGUGACAGAAGACCCAAAAGACCCUCGCAAGAAUGGGGGCGUCAAGAGGGACGGUACUACGGCAGUUCUUCCGUGGGCCUCAUGGAAGGAAGGGGCUCCACCACGGAAAGGUCCACCUUCCAGAAGAACCGUGGCCAGGAAAGCCUUCUGGAUGAUGACAGCCAUUUGCAGACCAUCUCCAUUGACCUCACCAGCUUCCCCGCCCAGGUGGACCUGCCCAGAAGCUAUGGGGAAAUGGAUGAGAAUGACCUCACGCAGGCCUCCAAAGGGCUGAGCGACUUGGAAAUUGGGAUGUAUGCCCUGUUGGGUGUCUUCUGCCUGGCCAUUCUGGUCUUCCUAAUAAACUGUGUGACCUUUGCGUUAAAGUACAGGCACAAGCAGGUUCCCUUCGAGGAACAAGAAGGUAUGAGUCACUACCAUGACUGGGUCGGGUUGAGCCACCGGGCCGAACUGUUGGAGAAUCACAUCAACUUGGCUUCCUCCCAGGACGAGCAGAUCACCGCCAUCGACAGGGGCAUGGAUUUCGAAGAGAGUAAGUAUCUCCUCAGCACAAACUCCCCAAACAGCACCAACGGACAGCUGUUCACAUCUUCAGGACACGCACUCAUGGACGGGAGUGAUCCGAAAAGCGAGCCCCCAACGUCCCCUACCUCAAAAAGGAAAAGAGUGGAAUUCACCACUUUCACCACCGUCUCUACGGAUGACAGAUGCCCCGCCGUGAACUCCAUAGCGACCAGCAGUGAGGAUGCCGUGAAAUGGGUCUGCCAGGAUCUGGACCCUGGGGGAUGCCAAGAGUCAUGCGGCUACAUGGAAGGAUUACAUGAAGAUGUGUAAGCCGGGCCUUCACAGACAUUGGUUCUCACUCACCUUUCGGCCUUUAACUUGGGGAUGUGGGGCAACCGUGUGCCCGGUGGGGAAAUAAAAAGACGGGACAAGAUCAGGGUGACGCUAUCCACAGAGCCACAGACAAUGACCCUGGCUCCCCUGGGACGGCCCCGAGUUGGAAUUGAUGUCCACAUUCCAGGGUCCAAUGUUUCUGUCAGUGUUAAGGGGUUUAUCAUGCACGGCGAGAUUCUUACAUUGGAAGAAAGAUGAGUUCUGAAUCACUGAACUUCAGAGAACCUCCAGGAGAGAACAGUCCCUCUCUUGCCAUCUCACUUUCUUUCAUCGAAGCCACACAGCUGCCGUAUUCAAUGUUGUGGACCACAGGAGAAAAAUGAGACUCAGGUUGGGCUCAAGGGGAUGGAUGGGAGGAAGCGUGUCAUUGGACCUCGGGCAGCACAGCUGGCUGUGAGCAUAUGAGCAGAGGUGGAGUCUAGCGCCACCUAGAGUCAGCUCUUGGGAAGCAAGAGUUUCGAGUUUCGAGUUAUUAUCUCCCAAAGGCUGGGGCAAAGCAAGGCAAUCGCUGAGGAGGAUUGAAAGGGAACAGGAGGGUAAAUAGGCCACCAGUACCUUUGUAACUACAUGCCAAGAACCACCACCCAAACAAACAAAAGCGCUCUGAGCCGUUCAGAGCAUCCCUUUACUAGUAAACUAGGGAGCCUGGGUGUAGACUUUCAACUGGGUUCGAAGGACCAGAAAUUUUUUUUUUUUUUUUUUUUUUUAGCAAAUUCACUAUGUUCACCUUUGUACUCCUCCCCCACCACGCCCCACAUCGCCACCUUUCCAAAAGUCAUUGGUCACUCGGCAGUGGAGGGCAGUGUCACCAUUCCCUCUCUUCCACUGUGGCGUCUGUGUCAACCCCCAGGUGACAUUCUACGCUGAAGCCCCACUGGGCAAACUUCACACGUGUCCUUCUUUGAAGAGGCUGGUCUUGGAGGGUCAGCAGCGCGCACAAGGAAUUCAACACCCAGGGAUGCUCCUUCCCCUUGCUUUUCUGGAAAGCAGGGUUCUUCUGUGAUGCCUCUGUGGACGGUCCCAUCCAGUCUGCUGCUCAAGGUUGAUGAGAUAAAUCUGGGUGUCCACACGGAGGGUACAGGGCGGGGAGAGUUGGGACUCGGGGUGUGCGAUGAGGUGGGUUGGGCAGGAAGCCUGGCCCAUUCACACACAGGGGGGCGGUGGGGGAGGCUUCUUCUCCACCUUGGAGGGAUGGAGGGACCUGAGGUAACCACCUAUGGGGCAGAGAGCUGGGUUAUUUGAGUGUUGGGUUCUAAGGUCAGUUUCUCUUUCUCUGUGUGCCUCUCUGUCCCUGUGUCUUUCUGAACCUAUCUCUCUGCUUCCUCUGUCUCUCUCUCUCUCUCUCUCUCUCUCUCUCUUUUUCAGUCUCUAUGCAUAUAAUUGAAUUCUCCUGAGAUCAAGUGUGUAAAUUCCACCAGUUCACCCUCUCAACCUCAGCACUCUCCCCCAAACUAAGGUGCUGUCCGUUUGCUCUAAGACUGAGAUUCCAGCAGCCAUCAGCUACCUGCUCCUGUCCCCCACUUGACUUACAUUGUCUGGCUGGGUGAUUAAACUGUCACCCCUUUUCAAGGAUAAUCCUUUGCUUUCAGUAACCCCCCUCAUUUCUUUCAUUCUUUCCCACGUGAUGUUCCGUUUCAUAACGCUGCCGCUGCCCCCUCUCAAAUCCGUCUGCGUGCAGAAUGUAUUGUAGAUAUUAAGAAUGUAAUAUAUAUUUAUAAACUUACCGGCUGUAAAUAUAAAAUUUGCCUUCCACGGCUUUAUGGCUGUCCUUUGUCUUUCUACACACUGACCCCCUCCCAGCGGCUGGCAUCCAUGGCAAAUGGCCCUCCAAAGCUGAGCUCUGGGGAAAUGAAGAAGCAGAUUGACGGAUCCCGGCAACAAUCCGAUUACAGUCUUACGCAGCGUAAUGCCUCUCUCUGUGUUGAGGCGAUGUUGACACAUGAUGACAAAGUACAUUGUGUACUAAGUAUCUCUCCUUCAGGACCUGAAAGGAUUUGAAAAUCAAUCACGUGUGCAGUUCUCUGCUAAAAGCCUGCUGACUGAUGGCAGUAAGUGAGAACCACGGCAGGCAAGCGUGUAGUCCAGCCUCCCUUUGGGCUGGAGCAAAAAGGGCUCUGUCCUGUCUUUGGAUCUCACACGUACAUUCAGAAGUCAAUUUCCUGAGGCACGUGUGUGCCUGUGGUGACUCUGGGCUGGGGUGUUUUUAAAAAGGUUGAGUUUUAGAUUCCUCUAAUAAUCAAAUGCAGUCCCGAGACGAUUCCCCAGAAAAAGAAGUUGCGUGAAAUCCUUGUCUUUGUGCAAACAGUAUCAAGUGAUGGGUCAUUGACUUAUUCACCUGGUAUUUAUUGAGCACCUCCUGUGUGCUAGGAACUAGUGCAAAUACAGGAGGUAAGCGGUAAAUAUAACAGACCCAGGCCGACGCUCAAAGACCUUACCUCUAGCCGGGGCUGGGGGGAUUAACAGCAAACGAAAUAAUUUUCAGAUGGUCAUAAAUUGUAUGAAGGAUAAUAAAACAGGUUACAGAAUAGAAAAAAGACUGAGUCAACACUUAAGACUUUGGCCACUUCACCUAAAAAAUCUGGAUCUCUGCCUUCUCUUGAAAAUGCAGACACUCUGGGAAAAUGGGGCUUACAAUCAGCGUGGCCCUUAUUGGACAUGGUGAAUUUGCUGCUGUUGUCUCCAGGCAGACGUCCCUGCAGGCCUCUUCACACCCAGUCUCCCCAGCCCAGAGGGCAAACUUUCAUUUCACCGUUUCUCCUCUAAUAGGGAAAUACUUCUCCCCAGCCAUGUCUCUAACCCCCAAGUGCAAAAAACAAAAAUAGGUGGAGGGAGCUGUGUGUUCUCAAGACAGAAUCAGGAGAAGUGUAUUGUUAUAUGAAAGAGAGCGCGUACCCCUGUGCGUCUCCUGGGAAGAGAGGGAACAUCGCCUAAAGAACACAGCUUACGGUGAUCACACUGCCCUCUGUGCACCCAGAGCCCGAGAAAGAAAUGCUAUGAACGUCUUAACGAACUGACUUUUCAACAGGGUGUCUUUGGGGUGUGAAUAAAAUAAGUGAUGCUGCUGGGUUCCUCCUAGCCUUACCUGCUUGCUCAUUUCCACCUCCCGCGCCAAGCCCCGGCCCCCCUCCCUGAGACAGUGAGUUCAGGUCCUGUUGCCUAAGACCAGACCCCCAAGCGCAUGGAACCCGGGAUCAUCAGCGCCCCCCAGUGGAGGCCGUGGCUUCCUGCGGCUUUGGGUGCCCCAGACUUGAGCAAUCCAUUACCAGCUGCCGUAACAAAGUCCCGCAAGCUGGGGGGCUUGAGCAGCGGAAAUGUGCUCUCCCACAGUCUGGAGGCCGGAAGUCUGAGAUCAGGUGUCGACAGCGCUGGUUCCUUCUGAGGCUCUAAGGGACACUCUGGUGCAGCCCCUCUCCGGCUCCCGGGGGCGGCCGGCCACCCUUGGUGUCUCUUGUCCUGCAGCCGCUUCACCCCGUCUCUGUCUCCGUGUUCACGUGGUGUUUUCCCCAGGAUGCGCCCGUGUGCGUGCCCAGAUUUCCCCUUUUUAGAUGAACAGCAGGCAAGUGGGAGUAGAACCCACCCUGUUCCAUGAAGACCUCGUCUUAACUAACUGCAUCCACAAAGACCCUAUUUCCAAACAAGGUCACAUCUAGUUACUGGGGGGUCAGGACUUCAAAACCUGAAUUGGGGGGACACAGUUAAGGCCAUAACACCGGCCUCUGGCCAGAGGUCUAGGGCAGCUAAACUUGUGUGCAGACCCAGGGCAGCUGACUGCUCUACAGACCCACCAGGGCACUGGGCUUCCAGGAACGUGUCUUAUCUAGAAAAGCCUCACCUUCUCCUCAGUUUCACACCCACCUUACAAAUGAGGCUGUGCUAAGACACCCUGGGAGAGCAAGAGAAUGGUUUGUCUGUUUCCCUCUGGGGAAGCUCAGAACUGUGAGUUAACUACCCCGUGUGUCAUUUUCCAAGACGCAGUCAUUAGCUCCCACCGGGGAUGCCCCCCCCCACACCCCGCUUUGCUGUGGCUGCAGCCAUGGAGGCUCCGGCAGGAAUGCGGGUGAAGCAGGGAUGCUCCCCCAGGGUGGCGCAGGUCCUCCAGCCCAGGGAUCAGGGAUGACCUGAGGGGUGAUGAGCGAAGAGGAUGCUGUGGCCAGAGAUCCGGAUGCAAGUUUGACCCCUGACUGGCCCCAGAAGCCUU